AGAAACACUCAAUAAAUGCGACUAAUAUUAUAACACUAUGUGGUUGAGAGUAGCUGCAGUAUUUGGCAUAUUCCUAUUAGCUGAAACAUUCCAGGAUUGUCCGUAUGGGUGUGACUGUCUGCCCGAUCCCUUAGCUGAUUCUUCCUUCCUCUACGUUUGUCGAUGGUCCUCCAUAGCUUCAAACUUUACAUUUUCCAACUCCUCCUCCAUACGGUCGUUACAAAUCGUAUGCGAAAAUGGGAUGUCACUUCCCUCUAGCCUUUUUCGCACAAUAGGAUCAUUGCAGCACCUGCGAAUCGAGGCUUGCCGAUGGAGUGAAUUCCCCGAAGAUUUGCUUGCUCCCUUGAGUAAUCUCCGAUCUUUACAUCUGCAUCAGGUAUCCUUGCCACAAGAGGCCCUGACGAUUCCUGGAGAUGCUUUAGUGAAUCUGAAGCGACUCGAAAAGCUCAGCAUAACCGAGUCCAACCUUCUGCAUUUACCAGAAAAACUCUUCUGCACUCUCAGGAAUCUACAGGUGCUGAAUGUGUCGUCGAAUUGGAUCUCAACGCUCACAUCACUCGAUUCGUCGUGUGUGGCGAAUCAGCUGAUCAUCGUGGAUUUCUCGCGUAAUCGUCUAGAUCGACUAGGAACGGAGUUACAUACCUUGCCAGCUGUUAGACAGCUUUCUCUAUCAAAUAAUCGACUUUCAACAAUCGACAAAGAUUCACUUAUGAAGUGCCCGUUACUGCAGCAACUCGAAAUCGACAAUAAUUUCCUAGAUACGAUCGAAGAUCUACCAGAAACACUUAUUCACAUAAACCUUGCUUCUAAUCAUCUCACUGUCAUUCCGCCAUCGGUAACGGUAUUGCCGCACUUAGUUUCUCUGAAUUUAUCCUAUAAUUCUAUCGAAGAGGAUUCCCCAACUCCCUGUGUCACCAGUGUGUUGGAAUCCCUUGAUCUGUCUUGGAACCUUAUACGGUCUCUUCCUUCCCGUCUCUACCCGACUUCGAUGGGCUCCCUAGUGCACCUCCACCUCGAGGGCAAUGAGAUCACCGAGCUAAAACCGAUGGAACUCGUCAACUACACCCGUCUGCAGACGCUAAACAUUGCUUCGAAUCGACUCGAGAGUCUGCGAAAUGACAUCUUUGCUGGGCUGAGCGAAUUGUCCACUUUGCAAAUGCCCAACAAUUCUAUAGAAACAGUGGAACCGGCAGCUUUUGCUGAUUUGGCACUGGGCGAUGUUGACUUGUCACACAAUCGCCUUACGGAAGUUCCGCUUGCCAUUGGACGACUUUUCAAGCUCAAAAAGGUCGAUCUCAGCCAUAACAAGAUAAAGAAACUGCAUCAAUUUAUCUUCAACAAAAUCGCCCAUCUGCACACCAUCGACCUCAGUCAUAACGAGUUGCCAUCGGUCAGCCCCUAUGUGUUCUCGGAUUGUGCGUACUUGACUACCUUAAAUCUGUCGCACAACCAUAUCUCACAACUAUUCCAUGAUUCACUGGCUAAAUGUCCACUUUUGAAGCGCAUAGAUUUGUCGGACAAUCGCUUAGGAUCUCUGGCCGAUGCAUUGUCUCAAGCAUCUGCCGUACGACGGUUGGAUGUGUCACGGAAUCGUCUGGAGCUUCUCCAGUGGGAUGAACUUCCACCCCGUCUCGAACAUCUUGUGGCCGAUUCCAACGUCAUCACACUUCUUGGAGCAGCCAUCAAGUCUAAAGUCCGUACAGCCUCGUUACGUGGGAAUCGCAUCGAACAACUGUCAGCCGAUCAAAUUCCUAAUACCAUUGAAACUUUGGACUUGUCGGCCAAUCGAGCGCAACACAUCGCUUCUGCAACGUUCGCUGCAAAAACCGCACUGCGAUCGCUCGAUCUCAGCGACAAUCGCCUAUCGCAGCUUUCUGAAGAAUCGUUGUUGGCCGAUGGGGUGCACAGCAUCGAUGUCGUCUUGAGAGGAAAUCCACUCAGGUGCAGCUGCGAACUUCAUUGGAUUAGAAAACCAGACAUUAUCAAGAGGAAAGUGAAUAUUGUCAGCUUAGCAGAAACUCUAUGCACACACCCAGUCACUGGGAAAGUGCUGGCGCUAGACAAGGUGGAUUCGAAGGAUUUGCUCUGUGAAUACUCUCAGGUUUGCGAACCUGAUUGCGUGUGUUGCCAGUUUGGCAACUGUGACUGUAAAGCUGUUUGUCCAUCUGGUUGUGCGUGUUUCCGAGACGCUCUAUUCGAAACAAAUGUUGUACGUUGUGAAAAUCUUACGGAGACUAAUAUGAAGGCUUUCACACCUUCGGCGGUUCCCAUAUCAGCCACACACGUCUACUUAUCCGGGUUAUCCAUUCCAAUUCUGCGGAGUCAUUCGUUUCUUGGUCGACCACGGCUCGAACAUCUCCACAUCAACGCUUCUGGGCUUCGUGGAAUUCAACCAAAAGCAUUUAACACCUUGCCGAAACUCAAGCUGCUCGAUCUUUCCGAUAAUGCUCUAGUGCGCCUUUCUGGAGAAGAAUUCCAUAAAACUUCAGCAGUUUCACAUCUUUUCCUCAAUGGAAAUCGUAUGCGCACCAUCGAAAGAGGAUUGACGGAGAAACUUCCGCUCUUGGCGAUGGUAACACUGCACAACAACGACUUGGCUGAUAUCUCGCCAGCUCUAGCAACAUCUGGGGUGCGAUCGCUGUCAUUGUCAGGCAAUGCGUUUCGCUGCGAUUGCACACCGCGAUUCUCGGCACCGUCGUGGAUACACGAGAAUCGUGCCAAGGUGGUCGACAUGGAUCGUGUGCAAUGUGUCGAGAAUGUCACCGAAUCGUUCCGAAACAACGAUACCACCGUUUUGUCCGCAUAUCCACCAAAUGCUGGACAUGACAUCUUCAUGAUGCCGAUGGAAGAAUUUCUUCGCGACUUCAAUCGCACCAUCUGUGUGCCAGCAGCUUCCGGAUUCUUCGGACAAGAGCCUCAAAACUCCAUUCUGACAGUCAUAUUCCUCACUUCAUGUGCCUUUCUUUUAUGUGCAAUGACAUUGCUUGCUGUAUCCCUGGUAAAAAGAGCACACAACGAUCUGAGUCAACGAAGGUACAAGGCGUCGUCUUCACUGAAUUGCUCGUCUACCCCAGGGUCGUCUCCCCUACCAGUUCCUCUGUUAAAUUUUGAUGCUUUCGUUAGUUACUCAAAGAAAGACGAGAAAAUGGUCCUGGAACAAUUAUGCCGACCAUUAGAAGAUGAGGAAUACGUGCUGUGUUUGUUGCAUCGAGAUGGACCAGCCUAUCAUUCUCGAUUACACGCCAUUUCGGACGAGUUGAUCUCACAAAUGGAUGCAUCUCAGUGCCUUGUGAUAGUAUUAACGAAGAACUUCUUGGAAAGCGAGUGGAAGACACUGCAAGUGAAGACUUCUCAUCAGCUGUUCGCAAAGAACAGAGGAAAGCGAGUGAUUGCGGUGCUGGGCGAAGGGGUCGACCAGAAUCUGCUCGACGAGGAGCUUGGUCAAAUCCUGCGGAAGAACACAUGCAUCCGGCAGCGGGACCACCUUUUCUGGCAACUGCUGCACAGCGCACUGCCGACGCGACUGUCGAGUCUUCCGGGGAGCGGCGACGACACCUCGCAGAUCUAUUCGGACAUGUACGGUAUCGUACCGUCGGCGGUGAUUUAGCUACCGUACUCAGGGUCGUCGCAGGACUGCUCUCCACAAUUCUUGUCGUUUUCGGCUGGGUGCUUUAUUAACGGGUUGUUUAAUUUUGUGAUAUGUGGAUUCGUUCGAGACCAACCAAUCGUUACUCACAUGAUUACUGUUGAAACAUUACGAGUUCUUUCCGCACUAAUCCCCCUUCCAUUGAUCUGAUCAAUCUCGUUUCGGCAUUAUAUGUUUGUGCGUGUGUGUAUAUCCAUCAUUUUGCUCAGCUUUCAUCACCCUCGUUCCUCUCUCGCAGUCAUCACCCUCAUGCCAAUGUAAGUAGCAUAUUUUGUAAGUAUGUGCAGGGUUUCCCCGUGUUUCGCUACGUUGACCUCCGUUCUCGAUUAGUUGCCUGCUUUGCCUCCUUUCUCUUGAGUCCGAUUGUCCGUGUGACUGUUUGAUUUUUCUUCUUUUUCUCAGCUCUUUGUAUUUUGUGAUAUAGAUAUUAUGCUUUCCAAAAGCUAUAGUAUUAAAUAUUUAUAAUAAUCAGUUUAUGUGGA